UUUAAAAGGUACCGCCCCACAGACAGCUUGUGUUCACAGCACCCUCCCCUCGUGCCAUAUUCCAUCUUUUUGUCAUUGCUCUUCGAGCUUGCAAUAAAACAUGAACUGUGUUUACACUACAUGCGCACUCCUAAUCUAGAUUCAUCUAAAGCAGAAAUCAAACAAAGCCGAGCUAAAAUGCUGUUCCCGAGGACGGACAUCAUAUACUUCGUGGGAACGCCUCGCUUUCACGUUCUUCAUGUUCUCGCAAGCUGAGAUAAAGGACAACAGACCUCACCAUGAUCAUGCCGUCCACGAAGGCUUCAAAUGCACCAGUCUGCAGGUUGAGACACUAUGUAUUACUACUCACUUGUUUUCUUUGGACAUCGUUCUGUUUGGCUCUAUGGGCAUUAAACUAUGGGAUCCACAUGAAAUCGGUUCAGCUCCCCAAACAUAAACCAGCUCCUCGAAAUAACAGUUCAUCUGUGAUAUCUGCCUUUGACAUGGGAAUCAGCGAUGAGGAGUGGGAAAGACUACAGACAGCUCUGGACUGGCCUUUUCCAGAUCAAGAAAUCACUCACCUGAAUCAGAGCACAAGUCCAGUCCACUCUACUUUCUCUAUCGUGGGACUCAAAGAGAGUUACAAAGUGGGAGAAAAGAUCUCUGUGACCAUCACAGCCAGAGACCACCAGAAGAAGCUGAAAACAUACGGAGGAGAUUUUUUCAAAGCAAGACUUUUCAAUUUAGAGCUAAAGGCGAGUGUGUACGGGGAGGUUGUGGAUCUUCGUAAUGGGACUUACUCUGUUGCUUUUCUUCUGCCCUGGGAAGGUCAGGCCCAAGUUUUUGUGCGUCUGGAGCACUCCAGUGAGGUUGUGCAGAUUCUUAAGAAAUACUGGGACUCUUCAUUCCCGCGCACCCACUUUAAUGGCUUCUUUGAAGGAUCGGGACCCAAUAAAAGCAGGAUCAGAGAAGUAGUUGAAUGUAAUCUUAAGUGGGGUCCAGAUGGAAGCUGGAAGAAAGGUGACUGCUGCUGUGAGCAUGAGGAUAUAAGAACAGGGACAGUGUGGCAGUGCCAGAGACCCAAGAAUCUUUCCUGUGAUAAACUGGUGCGCCACUCAGGAGCGCGUUUAGAAAACCCAUUAAAUCUUCUUGAGCAGCAGAUUUUUGCAACAAAAUUAACAAAUGUUGCUAUUAAUGGAGACAAAAAAGUCAUAAAUGUCCUUCCCAACACUGCAGCCAAUGACACCAUGAAGAAAUGCAGGUCUGGCCUGACCACACCGGUUCCUGCAGGAUUUUAUCUGAAAGAUGUCUGGAAGUCUUUUGUGUGCAACACUCAACAGUUCAGUCAUGCACAGAAGGCAAACUGUCUUAAAAACAAGAUUGUCUACUUCAUGGGAGACUCCACCACAAGGCAGUGGUUUGAGUACUUAGAAAAAACAGUGCCAGGAAUAAAAAGAAUGGACCUCCACACUCAUCCUCAAGGUGGCCCACUGAUGGCCGUAGAGCUGCAAAAUAACAUCAUCAUUCACUGGAGGGUACACGGUGUUCCUCUGCGCUUUGGUAGAAUUAUGCCUAUCACUGACCUGCAUUACAUCAGCAAUGACAUUGAUGAUAUAGCCGCCGGGUCUCAUGCGGUCGUGGUCUUCACAUACUGUGCUCACCUGGUUUUUCAUCCGAUUACAUUUUACGUGUAUGAAGUGGCCAAAAUCCGCCGGUCUGUCAUCGCACUGCUGAGCCGCGCUCCAGAGACCACCGUCGUCAUCAAGUCUGGAAACACAGCAGGAGUAAAGAAUAUUUUUCAAAGUGACUGGCACAUGUUGCAGUUGGACAAAGUGAUGCGGGAGAUGUUCAGAGACAUUGACGGAGUCGUCUUCAUAGAUGUCUGGCAGAUGACCUCCUGUCACUAUCUACGUGAAUACAUUCACCCAGGACCUGUUAUCAUUGCUAAUGAAGUCGACAUGUUGCUUUCAUAUGUCUGUCCUGCCUGAGGCCUGCUCGAGUAGAUUUGGUUCCAAAAAUCAAAUGGGAAACUUAUCUGGUCCGAGAUAGACUAAUCAAGUUGUUACUUAACCAGAAUUAACACUGAGCCAAUGGGAGAAAGAUAAUAUUACCAUUGUAUGCUCCAAUAUUACUUAACUUUAUUAACCACUCUCGAUUUUAAUAUGCGUGCAGGCUACAUUGAUAAAUAAUAGACAUAUGCCAUGUAAAGGAGACGUAUUAUGCCCCUUUUUACAAAAAUUUACAAUAAUUAAAUAUUACGAUUACGGCACUUAAAACCUGCCAGAUUUUCAUGAUAUCGCCUUUAAAAGUUCAGUUUCAAACAAACCCAAUCCAAUCCCAGUCAACAGUGUGAUGUCACAGUGAUGUCAUCAUGAUCAUCGUGAUGAUGUCACAACGUGAGGACAUGGUGAGCUAAGAGCGUAACCUCACAGCGUCCUCGGUGUGUUCGUACUAACGUGAGGUCAAAGGGCACUCACUGCAGAGAUUAGGUACCCAGCAUGCAUUGCAGCAGGAAGAUUUUGAGAUUCAUACACAUUUUCUUGAUGUUUCUUGUGAUGUUUUCCUCACAUAUUACUCUCACUGUGAGGAUCACCGAAUGAGAAAGAUGCGAUGCCAUAAUUCAUCAGUACGGUUUAAAACAACCGUUGACUAGAAAGUUCCCUUUAUCCUUUUAUAGAAAUGCGUUAGUUAAUGUAUUUGUUUUAGGAAAGAAGACCCAACAUCCUGCUUUGUUGCAUGGUCACCGGCAGGUGGUGCAAAAAACACACAAAGUACAGCAUCUUUAUUGGGCCAGACUUACAAAAUGGAUGAUGUUUUCUCACAAAAAGUUCUGUACGGGACGAUCUUUCGGCUAUCCAUUUAGUUUAGCACAGCGUACCUCUAAACCUAUUGCUGUUUAUUAUUCAUUAUUCCUUCACUCUAAAGCACUGAAUGACAGAAGACUGUGCACUGAUGCACGGUACAACAUAUUUGUUAUGCAAAGCUUUAUUAAUGAGACAAAAAUAAACAAACAAAAUAUUACACA